UAGUACGUUGCCAUUCUCCGUCCCUCUCCGUAUAUCAUUCACAGUACGAACGUUCUAUGAAAGGGCAUGGCGGACUGGUGGGAAUGGAUGAUAUCAUGGGUCCCCUCCAUUUCCCUCCUUCGUCUAUGGAUUGCGCCUGCAGUAGGGUUGGCUUUUCCUCCGACGCCAUGUCACCGGAAGAGCAGCCCCCAAUCCCACACGCCGGCGGGGAUCUGGCUCCGAUGGGGAACGAACGUUCUUUCGGUUGAUGAUGCUCGUCUCUUUAUCAGUACAGCCGAAGUCGAUCAUGGGAUGAUAGAUCUCGGAGAUGUGUUGAUCAGAUACUGGGAAAAGAAAAGCGUGGGAAUUAUUACCUGAGUUCGGUGACGUGAUAUCCACAUACUGUAUGUACGAGACUCCUCCCGCGCAGACACCUCAAUUUCGAGCUGGAUUGACUGUCCGAACCCGUUCCAACGGGAUGCCUCCUGACGAUGGCGGUAGGACGGUCCCCAUGCAGAAACGUCUAGGGAA